AUGGCUGCCAAAACCGCUCGCGCCGACUUUCAGAAGGUCUUUCCGGACUUGGUGCAGGAUCUACUGGGUGAAGCUCAGAAGUAUAAUCUGCCCGAGAAUGCCUUGAAAUGGUUCGAAAAGUCUCUAAAUGCCAACACGCCUGGUGGAAAGCUAAACAGAGGUAUCUCGGUGCCGGACACUGCCAUUCAACUCCUCGAACGACCCUUGAGCCCUGAAGAGUUCAAAGACCUGGCCACGCUUGGAUGGCUCACCGAACUCCUCCAAGCCUUCUUCCUGGUAUCUGACGAUAUCAUGGACUCCAGCAUCACUCGUCGAGGUGAACCGUGUUGGUAUCGUCAAAAAGGCGUGGGAAUGAUCGCUAUCAAUGAUGCUUUCAUGCUCGAGUCUUCGAUAUUCCUCACAUUGAAGAAACGAUUUCGGUCGCACCCUGCCUAUCUUGAUCUGAUCGAACUGUUCCACGAGGUGACCUGGCAGACCGAGCUCGGACAGCUGUGUGACCUGAUCACGGCUCCGGAAGAUCAUGUUGAUUUGGACAAUUUCGGAAUGGACAAAUAUACCUUCAUUGUCAUAUACAAGACCGCGUAUUACUCCUUCUACCUUCCGGUCGCCCUGGCGUUACACUAUCUCCAGUUGGCAUCUCCGGAGAAUCUGAAGCUUGCGCAUGACAUUCUGAUCCCUCUUGGCGAGUACUUCCAGGUCCAAGAUGACUAUCUUGAUGCAUUUGGAGAUCCUGCAUUCAUCGGGAAGAUUGGGACGGACAUCAAGGACAACAAGUGCGGAUGGUUGAUCAACCAAGCACUGCUGAUCGUCACACCCGAGCAAAGACGUUUACUGGAGGAAAAUUAUGGUCAGAAAGAUGACGAGAAGGAAGCCAAAGUCAAGCAACUUUACAACGAGCUCCAGUUGGAGAAGAGAUACCAAGACUAUGAAGAGAAAAGAGUAGGCGAGUUGAGAAAGCUGAUCGAUGCGGUCGACGAGAGCAAAGGACUUAGAAAGGGCGCCUUUGAGGUGUUUUUGGCCAAGAUCUACAAGAGAACCAAAUAG